GACCUGAAUAAGAGACAAGGCCUCGCCCUGCUCUCUAAGAUGGGGGAGUCGGUGAAGUACGUGACAGGGGGGUACAAGCUGAGGGGCCGACCCGUGGAGUUUUCUGCUAUGGGAGACUACCUGGAUAUGUUCACACAGAAGCUGGGUACUAUCGACAGGAUAGCACAGAGAAUCAUCAAAGAACAGUCUGAGUACCUAGCAGAGCUGAAGGAAUACGGUCCAGUCUACACCACCUGGGCGGCGUCGGAGGCGGAGCUUCAGGGGCCUCUGGAGGGCGUGGCCAGCUGCAUGGCUAACUGCUCCAUCGCCCUGGACGAUCUCACCCAGGAUAUGAGCGGAGACUUCCUGCCCGUGCUCCGAGAAUACGUCCUCUAUAUCGAGUCCAUGAAG